GCGCGGGAGUCGGCGCGGCGUUCGAACGGGUGCUUAGCGGUGUUGCCAUGGGGAUGCGGCCUCGCCUUCUCCGUGGAUCGGUUUGUUGACGUACCGCAGAGUCACCAGGGGCAGUGCCCCGGGGUGUCAGAGCAGCUAGAGUCAAAGGUUCGGAUGCCUCAGCAGCUGCAAAGGCAAGCCUGGGUUCUUGAAGGUCACAUCAGUGGAGCAUAAAUUCUGGCCUGCCCCACCAGAAUGAAAAGGCUUUGAGCAUAUGAGUCUGGACCUGGACUUCGCAGUGGAUUCUGUAUCUCUUUGAGAAUCAGCCUUGGUGGGUUGAAAGAGGUCUGUCACCAGAUAGUUGGCCACCAGGGGAAACAGUUGGACCACAUGCCUUGACAUUCAGUUGAACAUCUAAAAUUAGGCAUGUUACAUUCAGUUGCUGAGGGGACAGUUUCAGUACUUCAUGGCAUUCAUUGGAUAGAACUUGCAAGUGCAAGUAUUCAGAAACAAUUAAAAUCUAUCAACCUACAGUAAUGGCAUCAUGCUUGUAUGAAUGUCUUUGUGAGGCAGAACUUGGAAAAUAUUACCCUCAUUUUUCUGCCUUUGGCCUUCAGAAAAUAGAUGAAUUAGCUAAAGUCACAAUGAAAGACUACUCCAAAUUGGGAGUCCACAAUAUGAAUGACCGUAAGCGACUCUUCCAGCUCAUUAAAAUCAUUCAGAUCAUGCAGGAAGAAGAUAAAACCACUAACAACACCCAGCAAGAUCUUCCAACAAGUAACCUCCAUGUCCACCCUCAAAGAGCCAGAUCAGGACCUCGAAGGCAACUGUGCUUUGAUGCUCUUGUUGACAAACAAGAACAAACACCUGAGGAUUUUGCAUUUGACACAUGUAGUCUGUCAGACUUCUGUUCAGCUGAACACAAACCCAAUUUAGUAGAUAUGCUGGAGCAUAUUCUGCCAGGUGAUACCCAGUACAAUAAAAAGCCAAGAACUCCUAAUGCUUCAGUUGCUGAUACAAGUGUGCAAACAGAAACAAACAGUACAGCAUUGUUUUCAUCAAAUAACCUUUCUCCACUUUUGGGGGAUAUUGAGGUCCCUACCAUACAAAGAGUCCCUCACAUUUCUGGAUAUAAUUAUGGAGUCCCUCAUUCUUGUGUCAGAGAGAAUAUCUCAGAGAAGGAUAAUGUUUGGACUGAAACUGAGAAAAUCAGAGUAUGUGUAAGGAAACGCCCUCUGGGCUUAAGGGAAGAAAGACGUGGAGAAAUUAACAUUAUUACAGUAGAAGAUAAAGAAACUUUACUUGUGUAUGAAAAGAAAGAGGCGGUUGACCUUACCCAGUAUAUUUUGCAGCAUGUUUUUUAUUUUGAUGAAGUCUUUGGUGAGAUGUCUACCAAUCAAGAUGUAUAUAUGAAGACUACUCACCCACUCAUUCAGCAUAUUUUUAAAGGAGGAAAUGCCACUUGCUUUGCAUAUGGACAGACAGGAGCUGGAAAGACUUAUACCAUGAUAGGGACUCAUCAAAACCCAGGGCUCUAUGCUCUCGCUGCUGAAGACAUCUUUAGGCAAAUAGACCUAGCCCAGCCAAGGAGAGACCUCUCUGUGUGGAUUAGUUUUUACGAGAUCUACUGUGGACAGCUUUAUGAUCUUCUAAAUGGAAGGAAAAGACUUUUUGCAAGAGAAGAUAGUAAGCAUGUUGUACAGAUAGUGGGAUUGCAGGAACUUCCAGUCGAUAGUGUGGAUCUCCUUUUAGAGGUUAUUUUGAAGGGUGGCAAGGAACGUAGCACUGGUGCUACUGGAGUCAAUUCAGAUUCCUCCCGUUCCCAUGCUAUCAUCCAAAUUCAGAUAAAAGAUUCAGCCAAGAGAACCUUUGGAAGGAUAUCUUUCAUUGACUUGGCUGGAAGUGAGAGAGCAGCUGAUGCCAGAGAUUCAGAUAAACAAACAAAAAUUGAAGGUGCAGAAAUAAACCAGAGCCUUCUAGCCCUAAAAGAAUGCAUCCGUGCAUUGGACCAGGAACAUGCUCAUACUCCCUUCAGACAAAGCAAAUUAACUCAGGUACUGAAAGAUUCUUUCAUUGGUAAUUCCAAAACCUGCAUGAUUGCUAAUGUAUCGCCUAGCCAUAUGGCUACAGAGCAUACCUUGAACACUUUACGUUAUGCUGACAGGGUGAAAGAACUAAAAAAAGGAAUUAAAUGCUAUACCCCAGUUAUCAGUCGAAAUCAGUCAUCUGGACAUGUGUCUCCAAAACGGAUUCAGUGUUCACCAUCAGUACUGCCAGCAGACAAGUGCUCUCCCAAAAAAGUGAAGUUGGGAUUUCAGCAACCUCUCACAUCGGCCUUUAGCACUACACGAGAGAAGUGCUAUCCUUUAGCUUUUCAUUCAGCCAAUGUCCCUUUUUCUUCUACUCCCAAAGUCACGGGCAAAGGGAAUAUCUCCAAAGGAAAUCUUAGCCAUGUAUGCAUCACCCCCAAUACUCCUUUUAAAGAACCUGCAAAGGCAGGGUCUCCUGCAAAGAAGAAGACAGAAGAUUCUACAUUGGGUUUCAAGAAGCUCUGUCCUGGCAAGGACCUUGCUGGCAAUCCAAACACAGCUACAGUGCUAGGAAACAGGGGCGUGGGUCUCAGGAGGACCUAUGCACCACGCCAGUGCAAAAAAGUACCAGCAGUGCAGCCAGUGCAGAAGCAACUUGUAUCCCGCGAUGAGUUCUCUUUUGGUGAGCCCCAUCAUGGAGGGCAGUGUAGUCAGACCUGUGAGAAGGUGCUGACUAAAUGCUGCUCCGAAGCUUGGACCACUAUACCUCCUCAUCAGAAAGACAGGGAAGCACAUUUGCGUUUUUACCACCAGCAGUUUCAGCAACCGCCUCUUCUCCAACAGAAGUUAAACUACCAGCCACUGGAACGGUUUUUAUGUCAAUACAAUCCCCAAGAUAUUAGAGUCCAGCAAGAUACACCUCCCCUGCAUCCUCCUUACUCCCCAAACCAAGAUGUCGCUCAACUGGAAGACCUGGAUGACAGUGAUUUCAGUGAAGAUUCUUUUUCACCUAUUUCUAACCAAAGGACAGCCAAGAGAAGAAAUACCCAGGAAUACAGUAAAGAUUCAUUCUUCCUUCAUAAGAGAGAAGAACAAGGAACUGAAGAUCAGAAAGCUGAAAGUGAGCAGAGUUUGUUUUCUAACUGCAGGAUAAAUACUCAGGAGAAUGAUCUGAAUGAGCACUGGGUUUAUGCCAGGAAUCCAGCCUGUUUAAACACAGCAGAGCUGAAUAGAGGGCACUACAACAAAACCCCUUCUGAUUGGAGCAUAAGGGAUGACAUGACUUCCUUAGACUCCUCUCCGAGUGACAAUGUACCAGAACAACCUUACUGCUCACAGGUGGAUUUUGUUCAUAACAGGAGGAGGAGUAACCGAGCGUUUAAUCGGAAACAUGUCCCUUUCAAAGAUGAACCCUGUCUCCAGGCUGAUGCCACCUCAUCACCACCAGAAAAGGACACAUCCACAUUCUCAUCGUUAAACCUUGCAGAUCAUGAGUCUUCAAAUCAAAGAGAUUCAGUCAUCUUACCGCAGGAAGAAAGCAAUAAUAGCAGCCAAAUUCAGCCGAUGAAGAGAAGUAACACUCCUGCCGAAGGAGACUUUGGUGAAAUAUCAGGGACAUCAGCAGAGUCAGCUUCCUGGCCAAUGGCCCCUCUCACAAUGUCUCUUCUUGAGAGCACAGACAAAGAAGCUUCUAAUGAACCCUUUCUUAACCAGAUUUCAAGAUCUCCUCAGAGAAGGAAAUGGGUACUGGAUAUGAGGACACCAAAUUCUGGAAAGUGUGACGAGGUCAGAAUGUUCAAUACAACCAAAGACCUCACAGCAGAAAAUACCAUUAUGCCCCCGGGUCUGGACAAACCAGCAUUGGCUUCUGACAGCAAGUCAGCUCUGCUGCUGUCUCUACAAUCAGAGGACCAGUGGCUUUUGUCAGCCUGUGCUGCUGCUGAGCCUGCUGGUGAUCUCCCAAACCUAUCUUUCUCAGCAGUCCAUCAGGGCUCAGUUAAUGAUCUCUCAGUAAGUGAAGCCAAUGUAGAAGAGUCCUUGGAGAGCCAAGUGGGAACAGUGGCCUUCAGAAACACAAAAUGCCAAGACUAUGUAAACAGCAAGCAUUAUGAUGCAGAUACAGAAGAGACCGUGCUGAGCUGGGAUAUGGACUCCCCAGAAAAGCCUGACCCUAACAAAGAAAGUCUAGGAGUCAGCACUGGGCCAGCUUCUCCCAUGGUUCCUGUAGAUGUGCUUGAGAAAGAGUUUUCGAGCAGCCCAGAGGCUCUUACAAAAACCAGAAGCAUUUGUUCCCCUGUCCAGUCCCUAGACCAAGAGAACAAGCCUCAGAAAUCUGAAAGCCCCUUCAAGUUGUCUUUCCGUAGUGAGGAAAUUGGGCAGCUAAAACAUAGACUGAUGCAGAGCAUCUUUACACAGGCAGGCCUUCUUGGGGAACGUGCCACAGGCUCUCUGACUGCUGAGCCCAUGAAUUCUUUGGCAAAUCAGACUUCAGAAAACCAGUCUACCCCUGGCAGUCAAAGUAGCCUAUUCCAGCUUGUGCAAGAGAGGCGUGAGGAAACCCUGAAACAAGCACAGCGGGUUGUCAUUCAAGCCCACCAGGAACAGCUGGACAAAAUGGCAGAAUUGGAUUUCAAGGAGGAGAGUUUGAUUAAUCAAAUGUCAGCAGCUCAUUUUGAAGACUUUGUGACCCAGCUAGAUGAAAUCAUGAUCCUGAAGUCCAAGUGCAUCCAGAGCCUCCGAGGCCAACUACAGCUCUACCUUGCCUGCUGCAGGACACCAGCUGAAAUUCUGCCUAGGUCCAUAGCCAUGGAAAUUUAGCCAAUAGUUGCCAUGCGAAUAAUACCUACCUCCAUUUACCUGCAAAGAGAAAGGAGGAAAAAGCCACCCUCUCCUUCUAUACCAAAUUGAGGUAAAGCUUGGAGCUCUUUUUUGGGGGGUGGGGGUUAGAGGGUGUUUUUCUUCAUGCAGAGUUCUUAGGUCACUUGUUUGCAAAAUAGCUACUCUCAAUGUGAUGCAAACUCCAGAGGGCAGCACCAGCUAGGCAGGUAGUCGGUUGCUUUGUUCUCUUCAAGGCUGUCAAAAUUACCCACAAAAAUGACAGUGAACUGGGUAGGACUGGAAGCCGGGGCGGGGGGGGGAAACAGGGACGGACGGGGACAUAAUCACACUUUACAGUCAAGAAUGAACAACUACAGGGAUGCUAAACCCUAGCUAGUUAAAAGAGAAAAACGACACAUAAAUGUGGGGGUGGUGGGGGGGGGUUGCACAGCAGAGAGUGAACAGAAUCAAACAACAGCACAGUUCUUUCCAUCAGACCUACAGGUAAAAAAGCCCUCCCACCAGCCUAAGGAAAUUCAAUUCAACCAAAAAACCUUUUAAACUUUUAUUAGUAGUUGUUUCUGAAGAAUCAAAAUAGUUAGCAAAUUACUUUAGAUUCAUCAAGACUAUUUUUUUGAAUUUAGAGCUUUAACAAUGUACAACAUAAUACAAAACAAACCAAAGAGACUGAUUUCUAUUACUAGAUGUUACCAAAUGUGAAUCUAUUCCCCAAGAAUGAUGUGGAAAGUAAAACUGAAACAAAACUGUGAAUUAGGGCUGGGCUAACGGGAUUGUAGACUCAUUCCCCCAACCCCAUUUGAAAGUGCUUCCAAAGAAAUUCCUGUUUCACACUGAAUACUAAAGUGUCAACUGAACAGUUUCCUAGAACUGGGGACUUAAAGCCUGGGCAAGGUUGUCAAGGGCUGGAGUCAGAUGCCCUGCUCCAACAAGAUCCAGGAUUUAGCCAAGACUUGAGUGUGGGUAAGCACAAUGGCUGCCUGGCAGAAGAGGCAAAACAGAGCCCAAACUCAAUGGCAUUCUUCAUGCCUUUAAAAGUUUAGGAACCAGUGUUACACUAAGUUAGAAUCUAAUAUGGAGUUCAUUUUUAAGAGGGAAAAAAAAGUAAAAUCAAAUAAACA